AUGCCGCAAGGCUACGAGCGGGUCUCCGCCAACGACGAUGUCGACUCGCCAACCUCACCGCACUCAAACCCUCAAACCUCCUUCUCGCACACGAAUCCGCCGCCGCAGUCGUCACAGCAAAUCCCCAACUCGCCGCCGCCAUCCUUCCGCUCUCACGCCUCGUCCCCCACUGGGAGCCACCACCUGCUGAGCCCAACCGCCGAUCCCUAUGCCACCGAUGCCGAGCGCACCCUCGCCGACACAUUCGACGAUGCCGACAGUGAGGAUGAGGAGGGCGAUGGGAUGGACGACCGGCAGCGGCUGAUGCGCGCGAGCCCUUCGUCGGCGUCCGACGAUGGAGAGGACCACGGACUUCAUCGGAAUAGCGACGAAGUGCGGCCACGGGGGAUCGAGAGGAGAGUAACACAACUGCCUGUUUUUAAUGCUACACCAGCGUCGGCAGUAGGCGCAGCGGCAGGAGGGCGAAUAUAUGGGGGUGGUCAGAACGACGGCGUAUUUGCAAACCUGAGCGCGAAGCCAACACGAGGAGAGGAGCUGGAAGAGAAGCCUCCUACCUACGAACAAGCCGCCCUGGACGCCACUCCUCCAUACUGGGAAACCACCAUUCUCGCCCCAGGCGGCCCCUUCUCGGACUCCAACGCCGUCUACAUCGAAGGCCUCCCUGUCGGCUCUGUCUUCAGCUUUGUUUGGAACGCCAUGAUCUCCAUGUCCUUCCAGCUCGUCGGCUUCCUGCUCACCUACCUCCUCCACACUACCCACGCGGCGAAGAACGGCUCCCGCGCCGGCCUCGGUAUCACCCUUAUCCAGUACGGCUUUAGCAUGAAGGGCGCGGGCCCUAUCUCUGAUGGCGGCGGGAACGGUGGCCAGGGCGACGGCGAUUUCAACGGCGCGCCCCCGGACCCAAAUAGCCAUGACUUCGACCCGAACGCUGUCGCGCCGUCUAUACCUACUCCAUCGUCUGUAUCUGCUGCGGGUGGCAUAACAACGAGCGACUGGAUUGCUUAUCUACUGAUGGUCAUCGGCUGGUUCAUUCUUAUCAAGAGCAUUUCUGAUUUUGUCAAGGCGCGGCGGCACGAGCAGCUCGUGCUACAGAGCCCAGAGCGCGGAUUGGGGACGGCGGUGGUGGCCGAAGGGGAGAGCCCGAGCCAGGCUGUGUAA